AUGAGCACGCGGAGGGAGGGUGGCAACGAUGACGCAGAGGGAGGUGGCAACGACGACGCGGAGGGAGGGGGCAACGACGACGCGGAGGGAGGUGGCAACGACGACGAGGAGGGAGGGGGCAACGACGACGAGGAGGGAGGGGGCAACGACGACGAGGAGGGAGGGGGCAACGACGCGGAGGGAGGGGGCAACGACGACGUGGAGGGAGGGGGGGAACAACGACGCAAUAGAGAUGGUAGCGGCAAGGACGGAGACGGUAGCGGCAAGGACGGAGACGGUAGCGGCAAGGACGGAGACGGUAGCGGCAAGGACGGAGACGGUAGCGGCAAGGACGGAGACGGUAGCGGCAAGGACGGAGACGGUAGCGGCAAGGACGGAGACGGUAGCGGCAAGGACGGAGAUGCUAGCAGCAAGGACAAUGGAGCAGGCAACAAGAAGAGAGGUGAUAGCAUCAAGGACAGUGGAGAGAGUAAUGAGGAUACUGAUGGCACAAACAAGGACAGUGGAGGGAUCGAUGAGGACAAGGGUGACAGCAACAAGGACAUGGGAGAAACAAACAACGUCAGCAAUGGACAAAUUUGA